AUGUCUCCUGGACCGAAUGGAAACCACCCCACCCACCCCUGCAAUGCUGCUCAGGCCUGCUCUCCCCGCAGCGUGACCAACGGCGGCAGGACCACGCUGACCGACCGCCUAGCCAAGGCGCUGCCCGGCUGCUGCGUGAUCCACCAGGACGACUUCUUCAAGCCUCAGGACCAAAUAGCGAUUGGGGAGGACGGCUUCAAACAGUGGGACGCCCUGGAGUCCCUGGACAUGGCGGCCAUGCUGGACACCGUGCAGGCCUGGGCCCGCAACCCCACGAAGUUCGCCCGCGCCCACGGGGUGGACGUGCAGCCCGGCACGGCGGACCCCCAGAUCCUCCUCCUGGAGGGCUUUCUGCUCUACAGUUACAGGCCCCUGGUGGACGUCUACGACCGACGCUACUUCCUGACCAUCCCGUAUGAAGAAUGCAAGCGGAGGAGAAGCACCCGCGAGUACCCGGUCCCCGACCCUCCCGGCCUCUUCGACGGCCACGUGUGGCCCAUGUACCUCAGGUACAGACGGGAACUGGAGGCCAGCAGUGUGGACGUGGGUAAGGCCCGAGAGAGACGUGGCCUCGCCUGCGGGACCCCGGGCCCAGCCCCGUCCCCUCCCCGAAGGUCCUUCGAUCCUCCCCAGGGCAUGCUGAAAGGUCUGGUGGAGACCUCAGUCUGA